AUGUAUUUGCAGGCGCCAGGAGUCACCGUCCAAGAGCAAGUUUUCCGCUGCCUUCGGAACUGGCUCGUCGCCGGAGAAGUCAAAAUCGCGAACUUGCCCACUUCGCCGUUGUUUGCGUUCAUUAUCGAGGCCCUGGCCUCGGAACAGCUUUUCGAUUCGGCGGUGGAUGUCAUUUGCGAGCUGAUCCACGAGACACAGGAAAUCGACGACCACAUGGCUGCCAUUGAGCUCAUCGUAACGCGCCUCCUUGCGCUCAAGCUUAAGCCUCAGCUUACUCAGCAACGAGAAGAUUCCGACAAAAUCAGGGGUUAUGCAGGUAUUUUCAGCGAGGCUGGCAACGCAUAUCGCAGUUUGAUUAUCCGGCAUCGUGAGACUUUCUUCCCCAUUGUGGACGUGAUUGGAGAAUGCUCUGCAUACCCAGACCUCAAUAUCGUCCCCAUCACCUUCCCGUUCUGGAUGCGUUUUGCACAGGUUAUUGGGAAGCGGUCCUCUGUAUCCCCACUUUUCCUUGACGCGUAUGGCGCUCUGAUGGCGGUCAUUAUCAACCAUCUCCAUUUCCCGCCGAAUAGUGCUCCAUUGGCUGGCCAGGAAGCGGCGGACUUUCGCUCGUUCAGGCAUAUCAUGGGCGACACGCUCAAAGACUGUUGUUUGGUUUCUUAA